UCUCUCUCUAUCUCUCUCAUUUUCAUCUUCAUUAAUUAAUCAAUCAAUCAAACAUGGCAAAAGGUGGAAAAUUAAUGAAGCUAAAAUCAGCACUCAAAAAAUGGAACUCAUUCGGAAACGGAAAACAGAGCCGCCACAGCAUCAGCGCCGUCGCUGACGAAGACUCCUCCUCCAGAUCGGACCUCCACACCGUCUACGUAGGAAAAUCCCGCCGUCUAUACAGAGUCACCUCCGACGUCGUUGAUCAUCCCGUUUUCCGCGAACUCGUCGAAAGGUCACGAGAAACAGAACAACAAAACGACGCCGUCAAUGUCGUCGCAUGUGAGGUUGUACUUUUCGAGCAUUUGCUUUGGAUGCUUGAAAAUGCUGAUCCUCAACCGGAAUCACUCGAUGAACUCGUCGAUUUCUAUGCUUGCUAGUGCUAGCUUUCAUUCUCCCCAAAAAGAAAACCAUCAAUAUUCUUCUUCUUAUUAAUAUUUUCUUUUUUUUCUUUCUUCCUAUAUUCUAUUCUAUAAAUAGAUAAUAAUAACAUUUUCCUAUUUUAUUUCUAGCUGUAAUAUCAUUAGGAGUAAUAAAUAACUAACUUUCACAAGGAGAGAGUUAUUCAUCUUUGAUC